AUGCCCUCCACCGAAGCCGACGCCGCAACCUACGCCACCACAUCCACCACCGACUUCUACACCCUCCUCUCCAUCCCCACCACCGAGACCUCCCCCAGCGCACUCCGCAAAGCCUUCCGCCAACAAUCCCUCAAAUGGCACCCCGACAAGAACCCGGACCCCGCGGCAGCAGAGACCUUCCACCUCCUCACCGUCGCCUACGACGUUCUCUCCGACCCAGGCACGCGCGCCGCCUAUGACGCCGCGCGCAACGCCCGCCUGGCACGGAAGCGCCGCACAGAGGCCUUCGACGUCGACCGCCGCCGCAUGAAGGAGGACCUCGGAGAGCCGCGAGCGCGGCGCGAAAAAGGCACGCACCGAGUCGAGGAGGCGGAGGAGGCGUACGCUGGAAGCGGCGCGGCGGCGGCGCGGCGGCGGCGGCGGCCGGCGGGGAGGGGGGCGGCGGGAGGGGGGCGGGAUGACGGCGUCGCGGAUCUCGGCGCUGUUUUCGCGCUUCGGGGAGGUGCAGGAUGUUGUUGUGCCGCCGCUGACGGCGCCACGGGAGGCGAGAAGGAGAAGAAGUUCCGCACGGCGCUGGUCGUGUUUGUGUCUAUUGUUUCUGCGCACGCCGCUGUCUGCGAGGCCUCUUCCGGGGGUCGCGGGGGGGAGCUGGCGGUGUUUAGGGAUGUGACGUGGGCGUCGGGGAAGGAGCCGGAUUUGACGCAUGAGGUGGGGAAGGGGAGGAGUGAGGUGCCGGAGGCGAAGGCGGGGCCGAGCAUCACGUUGAUGCGCAUGAGGGCGGCGGAGAAGGCGAGGAUUGAGGCGGAGAUACGGCGGCAGGACGAGGAGGCGGAGGCUGCGGGGGCGGAGGCGGAGGCGUUGUCGUAG